UCAAACGCGUCUAAACAAUGUGUAUGUACAUGUCAUCAAACAUGGCGGAUGACGUUUAGUUGCAAAAUUCCGGAGCAUAUUUUUUCAGUCUUAUAGCCGACGUUGUUCCUUAAACGCGGCGGAUUUAUUUCAACAUUGUGCCAAAAACAUUAACAUUUUAAAAUGUCGGAAGAAAACGUGAAAGUGGCUGUGCGAGUGCGACCUUUCAAUGGUCGUGAAAAGGAGCGCAAUGCCCAGAGUAUUAUUGAGAUGAAUGGCAACACAACGAUCAUUACCGACCCGUCCAGCAAUGAACCGAGGAAAUUCACGUUUGACUACAGUUACUGGUCACAUGACGGAUGUAAGGAUGAUGGAACGGGAUACUUCGGGCCUGACACAUCACACGCAAACGGCAAAAAAUUUGCCGAUCAGAAAAGGGUAUACAAUGAAAUGGGCGCUGGUGUCCUUGCAAAUGCUUGGGAAGGAUACAACUCAACACUGUUUGCGUACGGUCAGACAGGGUCCGGAAAGAGUUGGUCCAUGGUCGGAUAUGGCAUCAACAAGGGUAUCGUACCCACAUACUGUGAAAACCUCUACAAACAGAUGGAUGAAAAAACUGCAGCUGGAGCGAAAGAACAGUUUGAGGUGAUGUUCAGCAUGUUGGAAAUCUACAAUGAGAAUGUACGUGAUCUGCUCGACUCCAACGCCAGCAAGACCGCUCUCAAGGUGCGACAGCAUCCAAAAAUGGGAUUUUAUGCUGAUGGAUUGAAGCAGGUCCCUGUGGGAACAUACACUGAAAUCGAACAGAGAAUCGAAGAAGGGACAAGAAACAGAACUGUCGCCUCCACGAAAAUGAAUGCAACAAGCAGUCGUGCCCACACAAUCGUGUGUAUCAAGUUUGUCCAGAAGUCGGUCAACGAUGCUGGGGAAGAAAUGGCAAAAACUGCUGAGGCCAACCUGGUCGAUCUUGCUGGCAGUGAGCGUGCUGAGAGCACAGGAGCGACUGGAGCUCGUCUCAAGGAAGGAGCAGCUAUCAACCAGUCGUUGUCUAGUUUGGGUAACUGUAUCGCGGCUUUGGCAGAUCGAUCCAGCGGCAAAGAUGUACGCGUCCCAUACCGUGACUCAGUCCUCACCAAGCUGUUGAAAAAUGCUCUUGGUGGCAACAGCAAAACGAUCAUGAUUGCUGCUCUCAGUCCUGCUGACAUCAACUAUGACGAGACCCUGUCCACCCUCAGAUAUGCUGACAGAGCUAAGCAGAUUAAGACGACAGCCAAGGUGAAUGAGGACCCGACGGCUGCCCUGAUCAGAGAACUGCAGGAGGAAAAUGAGAAACUCAAGGCUAUGUUGUCCUCUGGGAAGGUGGACAUGUCACUGAUGGAUUCUGGAGAAGACUCCGCUGAUAUGACUGAUGAAGAGCGAAGCCAGUUGAAACAGGAGCUAGAGGAGGAGUACAAGUCCAUGUUGGAGAAGAAUCAGCAGGAGAUUGAGAACAAGGAGAAGGAAUGGCAGAGACAGCUAGAGGAGGCCAGGCAACAGGGUGGGAGCAGCUAUGCCGGCAUCGCAGAAAUCAAUGAGAAGAAGAAAACAUGGCCUCACCUUUACAACCUCAACAUGGACCCUCAGAUGACAGGGAAGAUCAUUCACUUCAUGGUCCAGGGAGACAACACCAUGGAUGACGAAACAAUCAUCGGCAAUGGGAAGGCCGAGGGGACUGAUCUUACACUCAGGGGUGGAGCUAUUUCUGACCUCCACUGCAAGAUCAUCCACAAAGAUGGCGUGUUCACUCUCGAGACUUUCCCGAAUGCCCGUACUCUACGUAACGGCAAACCAGUCACCAACGAGACCAAGACUCUCAAGACAAACGACCGUCUGGUGUUCGGAACAUCACAGUUUUACGUGUUCUGUAACCCGAAAGAUAAGGCACCUGCCGGCGAAGAGCCGACGUUCGAUUUGGCUCAGGCUGAGAUUGCACAAAAGUCAGGCGGCUUUGACAUGUCAGGCCAAAACAAGAGCAGAGAUGAUGCGAUCCUGCAGCAAGAUCUUAUUGAGAUCAUGCCAGGCGUGGAAGAGGCGAACUCUAUCAGUGAAGCAAUGAACAAGAGACGCAAGUUUGCCCUCAUAAUUGUGUCGCCAGAGGCUCGCGGAGAGCUUGACGGCAGGACAGAGGUGAUGGUGAAGAUGACAGAUGUUGACACAAAACAUGAGUGGAUCUGGACCCGUGCCAAGUUCCUUGACAGGAAGUGUGUCAUGUCCGAAAUCUUCGACAAGUUUGAAGAUGGUGAAGAAGUUCAGCUUACGCAGGACAAAGAUCCCUUCUACGAUGACCCAAAGGCGGACUUCCACAUUGGCAGCGUCAAAAUGUGGCUGCAGUCUGUCUCAUACAUGAUUGAGAGCCAAGAAACCCUCGAUGUCACAGACUUCAAGGGCACACCUGUUGGAAAAAUGGCCAUUGGAGCCCAUCCAUGUGAUGCGAAGGGCAAGGAAUACACAGAGAAGGAUGAUAAGUUUGUGGACGACCCUUCUAAACUUGUCGGCAAGGCCAUUGACUUCAAGAUCAAGAUCGUCAACGCACGAGGGCUGCCCAACAGAUUUACUGAUGUGUACUGCAAGUACAAGGUGUAUCUUGAGGAAAAUUUCACUCAGUCCAAGGUCAUCAAGGACACAAUCAACCCUGACUUCAACCAUGAGAGAGUUAUCUCCCUUCCAGGAACUGAGGAGGCUGUCGAGUUCUUGAAGACUGGUGCAUUCAUCGUGCAGGUCUGGGGCAAACAGAAGGACAUGAAGCCCAAGGGUGGAAAGGGCGGGCUUCAGAAGAAAAUCUCAAGCAUGCAGGGGGGGGCCAUUCAUGCCGAAAAUGACAAUGUUAAGAGGUCUGACCCCGAAAAGGUGAAGUACAUGAUGCAGGUGACUGCCCUCAAGAAGAGACAGGAGAAGAUGGAACAAAAACUGGCUCACAUGCAGAAAAUGAUCGAUGUCGCUGAAGAGCAUAACAAGCGCAAGCUCCGUACUGCGCUGAUCAAGGAUAUCUACAUCGCUCCAACCAAUGACCAGGCGGAGAAAUGCAUCAAGCUGAUCCCGCUGGAACAAGAUUCCGAUGAUGAAGGGGAGACUGGUGGUGGUGGUGGUGGUGGUGGUGGAAAAGUUGUGGGUGUUGUUGUCCCCAUGGGAGGGGGUGGGGGAGGUGAAGGGGGUGAUAAAGGAGGGAGUGGGGGAAAUAAAGGGGGUGACAAAGGUGGGAGUGGGGGAAAUAAAGGGGGUGACAAAGGUGGGAGUGGGGGAAAUAAAGGGGGUGACAAAGAGGGGAGUGGGGGAGUUAUAGGAGGAGAACUGGGGGGUAAUGGUGGCAAAGACAGAGAAGGAGAAAAGAAUAAAAAGAAACAUAAGGGCGAAAAGAGGAAGGGACACAAGAAAGCUCGCGACGGACAUGGCAGCUCUUCUUCUUCUUCUUCUUCCUCCAGCAGCUCAUCUUCUGAUUCCGAUUCUGAUGGUGGAAAGAAGAAAAAGGCCGCAAAGAAACCAGCAAGAGCCAAGUCUUCUGAGAAAAAAUCAAGUGCCUGUGUUCUCCUAUAA